ACUUAAGGAGCUCCAAAUCCCAGUCAGAAACACAAUCUCUCUCACUCUCUCUCAACUCUAUUGAAAAACACUUUCUCUCUCGCCCCCUUUCUCAGCAUCUCUUUGGGACCCAUCUGAAGAUUAGGAUGAUAAGCUGUAGAGUGUGUGUCCUGGCUGCGCUGUUCUCUCUCCUCAUCAUCACCCUCAUUCCCACCACACAAUCGGCGGACUGCUGUCUGAAGUUCACUCAGCGUCCGGUGCACUGCCGAUCGCUGAAAGGCUACACCUUCCAGGACAUUACUUCCUCGUGUGACCUCAACGCUGUCAUCUUCCAGAAUCGAAGAAACAAGUUUGUGUGUGCUGACCCCUCUAUAGACUGGACCAAGAGGGUACUACGUUGUCUGCGGUGAGUACACUUGUGCAUGUGUAGGC